AUGGUGAAAGCUGGGAAAUGGCUGAGAAAUUUCUUAACUGGAAAGAAGGAGAAAAAUCAAGGAAGAUUAAUGGAGAGAAAGAUAUGGUUUAAGCUUCCACCACCGCCACCGCCUCCGCCACCCACUACUCCUGAAGGAGAAAGCAUGAGAAGCCUUCAGCUUGAAACAGUACUGAAACAUACUCCAAAAGGCCAGUUUUCUCCACCAUCUUUCUUCUUCAAGCCAGAGAUUGCCAAAACAGCUGCUAGGAAAUCAAGCUUCAGUACAAUUCAGCAAGUUGCAGCUAUUAAAAUCCAAGCUUGUUUCAGAUCGUUUCUGGCUAGAAAGGCAUUGAGGGCAUUGAAGGGAUUGGUAAAAUUGCAAGCCGUGGUGAGGGGAUUUCUGGUGAGGAAAAAAGCUGCAGCUACUCUUAGAGGCAUGCAAGCUUUACUAACAGUGCAAGUAAGAGCUAGAGCUCAGAGAGUUAGAAUGAUUGAAGAAGUUCAUUCAAUGCAACGCAAGGAAACUAAUCAAAGGAGAAUGAUCAAUGAAUCUAAAUUCCAACAGUUAUAUGAUAUGGAGAGAGAUGCAUACAAGAUGAUGGAGAAGGGGGGCCUUCGCCAACAAAAGGCCAAUUCAAAGAACAAAAAGGGCAAUCCAACGGCACAAACAGAAACCAAAGAUCGAAGGCAGCUCUUCAACUAUCUCAAACCUUCCUUAACUCCUUCAACUGUAACUGGAAUGUGCUCAGGAAAUCGUGAGGAAACCGAAACCUUCUUCACAACAAGAAACAGCUCUCAAAACUCAUCACCUACUCCGAGAACUCGAAAAAUUAGCUCUUCAGAGGGCAAUUCCAAUCAAGAAGAAUCUUAUCUGAUCUCUCAGGAAUUCCCAUUCUUCCCCAAUUAUAUGGCAAACACCAAGUCCUGGAAGGCGAAAUCAAGAUCGCAGAGUGCGCCCAGACAGAGAAAUGAUUUAUUUGAUUCAAAGCUAUCUGGAAAGCAAAGAAUCUCAGUUGAUAGAAGGAACAUUAGUAGAGCUGGAUGGGCUUCUCCUAUGAGCUCAAUGGCAGCAAAAGAGCAGAUUCCUUGGUCUGAAGAAAUUGAUAGAUUAAUAUCAAAUAUAGACUAUUAUAAAUUCAUAACUGAUUGA